AUGGCAGUCCAAGGGCCCGAUACUCCUAUAACGUAUCGAAAAUCUGCAAAACGGCGAGCUCGCGAUUAUUCGUCCUCUAACAGUUCCGAUGUGCAACCUAGCAAACCUAGUCGUAUCAAGAAAAGUCGCCCAGCUAGGAUUUUUGAUGUGGCGAACUUUGAAUGGGUACUAGAGAUGUCACUGCGACGUCCGCGUGCAUUUGUUGGCCUUUACAAGGCAAUGAAAUGCCAGUAUCGAGUUCUUGAAAAACGUCGAUGGGUCGAAAAGAAUCGAAGAUUUUAUGAUAGAGCGCAGUUUGAAAAGUUCCUGAAGGAAACUUCCCAUAACGAAGUUGAGCUUAUCGAGAAUACCAAACUUCUAAAGGCAGAAAGGGAAAUGGAGCUUGUAUUAGGAGUGGAACGAGCUAAAGCUCAGACGACCAAAAAAUUUGCUGCCAAAGAUCUAAUUUAUUGGUACUGUAUGAGCACCAGAUAUGCAGAGCAAGCUGAUGCGUUAUUCAGAAAAACUUUAGAAGAGGCAGAAUUGCUCGACGUCGCACUAGGGUGUCUGAGAAAACAAGAAGCAGAAGUAGGAAAGGACCAUCAGAAAGCAGCUGACCAGUCUAUCUGGAAUUCGGUCUCAGCUACGCUGAAAUUCGUAGUGCGAAUGAUUGAAGCCAGUGACCGUAAUGAAACUAAGGAGCACAUGGAAGUAGUUGCCGUACAGAAUAAUAUGUUUAAUAUGAUCACUCAUAUUGAACGUCGGUCCGACGGCAUACAGGAUCAUUCAACGGGGGAAGUGCCAAAGCUGAUGUUGCCAGAGCUGUCAGAAUGGGAUCCCGAUGCAUCAGAGACGGCAGCUAUUGUUUCAAUUCCUGUUGAGAACGAUGUACAAGACGAGGCACAUGAUGAUGAAGUGGAGCGGGAAAACAAGUUCAGUGAUAUAGCUUGUAUGAAUCUGCUGGACAAGGAAAUGAGCACGGUGAGAGUUUGGUUUGACUUCAUUCGGAAAUGCUAUACGAUUUAUUGGAAUUAA